UCUUAUCUCAGGGAUAUCUGGGAUCAGUAUGCUCAAAGAAACCUUACAAUCACAAGUCUUCCUAAGUGCAACUAUGUUGGCAAAGUCGGAGGCUAUAGGCUGUAAAAAAGAAGAAGAAGAAGAAGAAGAAGAAGCAAAAUUGGAUAGAAGGAUAAAAUCCCAAAAAGAUUUUCGCCAAUUGAUGCUGUAUUGCUUCCAGCAAGGCUUCACAGCUUCGCAGACUAUGAUUGAGCUGUAUUCUGUCUUUGGAAAAGCCUGUGUCACUCUCCACACAAUUUGGAGGUGGUAUCGAAAAUUCAGAACUGGUGAUUUUAAUGUAGAAGAUCUUCCUCGCUCUGGCCGACCUCAGGAAUUUGAUGUAACACUUCUCAAGGACAUCAUGCACAAAAAUCCUCAAAUGACUGUUAAAGAACUCGCCGCCACUCUGCACAAGUCCGCUUCCACAGUGCAAAUCUACCUGAAGAAACUGGUGCUGCAAGCUGUUCAUGUUGAGUUGAAUACUUGGGAAUCAUCGAAUGCAGUCCGUGUAAUCGAGUUUCUCCAUCUCUGAGUAAUUCAUUAUUCCUUCAUUUUAGUUUUCUCUUCUGAAGAACAUAUUGAAUUCCAUGAAGUGAGAGAGAAGGU